CGUAGCUGUUUCUUUCCCAGUUUCCCAACUUCUCGAUUCGGUAGUUUGAGUCUGCAGUGCGUAUGUGGAUGGAGGAUGUCACUUGCAGAGUGCAGACGAUACACACAUACCAAAAGUACAGGACGGUAUCAAGGCCAUUUCUUUUGCAUUGCCUGUAAGGCAUCGCACAGGAGUUGUCCGGCGACGUGACACGCGAAGUGCGCGUGGGGAGUUACUUUUAUGAGAAGGGAUUUGUGAUAUAGUGGGCCGCCGCUGCCGACACCAUGCCGGGACUGAAGGCGCUCGGCCGACUGUGGAGCGUCGCCUCGGAUGAUUUUGUAUUUCCGGCUGCCCUCGAACUCAUCAUCAACUGCUCAUGGCUGGUGGCCGUGGCCGUCAUCUACAUAACGCACGACAUAGCGGGCACGUGUCAGCGGGACCGCACGCUCGAGACGUACGUGCUGGGCUGCGGCGUGCAGCUGAUGGUGUCGCUGCCGCUGCUGGCGCUGCUGGCCAUCUGCAGCGGCCGCGGCGCCAUCAUGGACCUGCGCCGGCGCCGGCCCGUGGUGCCGCUGCUCUACUGCCGGCUCGUACUGUUCCUCUUCUCCACCGGCUGGGACGUGGCCGGCUCCGUCUGGCUCUCGCAGGACAUCAGCCGGUGUGACGUGACGGCGCCCACCGUUCAGGUUAUCAUAGCGCUCGUGGUGUGCAACUGGCUGCGCUGUCUGGCCAUCCUGGUGGGAGUUGCAGUGGUGUUCGACCCGCUGGGCUCCGUCAGCCUGCACGGCGGCGGCUACAGCAGCGCCCGGCGCAGGAAGAGUAUCAUGAGGAGGAGCCUCUGGCACGCCCGGUGCCGCCUCCUCUGCUGCUGUAUGCACACCGAUGACACCGCCGAGGCGCUGCAGGACGUGGCUGGCCACAUCGCCACGGUGCUGGGCGAGCUGGACCUGGUGGCGUCGGACGUGGUGGCCGGCCUGAUCCUGCUGCGGCAGCGGCACGCCGCCCACCCGGACCCGCCGCCGACGCCUCAGCAUCACGCCUGGGCCACAGUGCACGCGCGGCCCGACUGGAUGACGCCGCAGAAGGCGGCCCGCUACAUGCAGUUCGCGCUCGGCGUGUACGGCUGGCCCUGGUUUGUGCACGGCCGGAUGUCGUCAGCGCUGGCCGCACUCUGGCGCCGCGUCACCUGCUGCGCCCACUACAGGGGCAAGUCAGUGCUGGCCGUGGGAGACAACUGCUGUCUGUGUAACACGGCCGCACUGCGCGAGUGCACUGACCUGGACGAGGGCGACUUCAUGUACGUCUCCUUCAUCAACAAACUCUACCAGGUGGCGUUCUUGGUGGCCGUGGACCACGCCGAGCAGAGUAUCGUGAUCGCCAUCCGCGGUACACUCUCUGUCACGGACGCGCUCACCGACCUGUGCCUGGACUCGGCCCUCAUCGACGGGCCGGACAAGCCCGAUGACAGGGCGCACAAGGGCAUGCUGCAGGCGGCGCGCUACGUCCUGAACAAGCUGAAGGAGACGGAGGCACUGGACCGGGCCACCACCCUCUACCCCGAGUAUAACGUCGUCGUCACCGGUCACAGCCUGGGGGCGGGUGCGGCAGCUCUGCUGGCUCGCCUUCUGCGUCCGGUCUACCCCCGCAUCAUGUGUUUCGCCUUGUCGCCGCCAGGUGGCCUGGUCAGCCGACAGGUCAGCGAGGAGAUGCAGGCAUACGUCAUGUCGGUGGUGUGCGGGGACGACCUGGUGCCCCGGCUCUCCGUGGCUACUAUGGAGAAGCUGAAGAAGGAGCUGGAGGAGGUUCUCAACGAAUGUCCGCUCAGCAAGCACACUAUACUGUACAAGGCGUGCUGCAACUGCGCGUGCGGGACGGCGCACAACCUGGUCAGCCCAGAGGACGGCGAGGGCGAGGAGUACGAGUCUGACCACCAGAGGCCGCUCGUCUACUCGGUAGAGCGCAGCAACUACGAGUCGCUGGCGGAGGUGGCGGAGCGGGCCAUGCUGGCGGAUGCCCGUGCUGAGCACGUGCCACUGUUCCUGCCUGGCCACGUGCUCCACGUGGACGCCGUGGACAGUGUUAGGGAUGGCAGCACGGGCGCGCGGACGCGCUGGCGCAGCCCCAGCCACUUCGAUACGAUCCUCGUGACAGGCACCAUGUUCACGGACCACCUGCCGGACCUGGUACACAACACGCUCAAGAGGCUGGCGUCGGUGAGAGAGGAGGCCUAGUGCUGACAUUUGUCGUCGACCGAAAAGAUGUGCAGUGCUGACAUCUACCGCAGUGCAGACUUACACUGUCCGGCGCCAAGUACUGAGUGGGUGCAGUGCGGACUUUUAGCUUCGUGCUGAGGAAGAGGCGCAGUGCUGAUAUUUAUCGUUUGCCGGAUGUAAUGCGCAGUGCCGAUAUUUAUCGUUUGCCGGAUAUUAGGCGCAGUGUGGACGCCGGCCGUCGGCCGGGAAAAAGGUUCAGUGCCGACAUCUAACGGCGGCUUGGAGCGCAGCCCGCCGGUCUGCGCGCUGAACGCGGCUGGAAUAUGCUGGACAAUGAAUGAAUAUGCCGCAUGUUGGGUAAAUAUCAGCGCUGCGCUGAUUUUGUGGCCAGUCAGCGAGGCACAUUCCUGGCAUUCACUAUGGGUCGGACAAGGAAAGCAUUGCGGGCAUGAACGGAACGGUCGACGGGGGAAGGGCAGUGCUGGCAUCUAUCGUCGGCGUGGCGCGGCGUACGACUGCCAUUUAGCGGUUGUCUUGGGAGACGCUGAUGCUUAUAGCGCAUCACAAAGAAAGCGAUGUUUGGAUGCGGCGGCUGUGUAGGAAGCUUUACCAGCCUAUUUAUGUUAACUCAGACCAAGGGCUUGUAAGGGGUGUGAUCUGUGCAUAUGGAGAUGAUAACUAUAUCCGACAAUGUAUGUUUAACUGAACGCGCUGGUGGUUCGCGUUACUUAAGAAGCGUACCGUGGUCCGUCCAGCACUGCCUGCUCGCGUGGAUGCGGUAUUCGCCAAGAAGUGCCAUAGGCUUGUGUGUCAGUGUUUGCCAUCGCAUCCCAACCGCUGCUGUCUAGGUGGUUAUGCAUGUUUGAGUCAACUUUUUUCGAGGACGGGCAUUGCGAGAGCAUCCUGACCGGCGCCAGUGGAGGCCACGGCCUCGCUCGGCGAGCGGCGGCGAGUGUGAUGCCAGUGAUACCAAAGUACGGCGCAGUUUGUCACAGGGUAACCUGUGUUGAGGUGUGACGACGGCAUAACUUUAUCACAAGUUAUCUCGCAUGAGGAAGUCAUGUAACGCGUGCUGUGCCUGUGUGUACAAACGGAGCGCUGUGGAUUGCCCCGCUUGUGGGCGGGGAGGCUGUCCAAACUGUCAUUGCCACAUUAGCAAUGGUGCUAGGUUAACGUACCGGGCUGCGUCCCUCCCUGACAGCCUGCGUCUGCAUUCGGCUAAACCUCGGCGUCACAAUAUCUUGCGCGCACUAGCCGAUCUAGCGAGGCGGCUGGUGACCCCCGCAUCGCUGCGUGCGGCGGCCGUGUCGUCCGGGCGUCCGAGCCGUCUACGCCCGUCGCCCGGCCGCCGACCCUGGCCCUUCGGAGUGGCACCAGCGCACGUCGCCGGUGUUGCCUAUCCUUGCUACGCGUGGCCUCUCUGCCUGCUGUACCAGUUGCGUUUCAAUGCAAGACGUGUUAGCCCGCGGCUCAUGGCACGGGCGUGUUCCUUCGGCACCAAAGACGGAAAUCAGGGGCCGGCCCACAGUGAUCCGGGGUGCCGACCGGUAUGCCAAAGCCGAGCGCUCCCCCGUCGCUGCCGGCACGUGACGGACGCCCCCCGCACAGCUGUGGCGUCGCCGGAUGAGCGGCGGUAAUGGACGUCACCUGCUCGCGACGCCGGCGCCCGGUGCGGACAAGUGGCCAGCUAAUCGUGUGCUCGUGUAGUGGAGAGGCACUGAAAGGCAUCCGGUAAAUUGUUGAUUCGUGAACCCACGAUAGCGGCCAGCGUUGCACUGAGACUCGCUGGCGUUUCUUUCGCGUGCUCUUGUUUUGACCCAUCUGAUGGUACUUUGCACGUGCUGUGCUUUGCGAUAUGUUCAGCCAGCAGUGCCUAUGUUAAGGCUGUGCUUGCGCUAGCUUUUUACCACCCUGCGCUCUUCGACCAUGGCAUCAACUACGGUGGCUUGGAUGCGCGUGCCUAUACUACCCCCAUCGCUUUCUGACUCACAAUGUAAGCAUGUCUGGGCUCAACGGAACUGUACCGACCAGCACGAUCCGUUUUAGAAUAUAUUGGACACAUCUUCCAAGCGUUUAAAAGCAUAUCGAAA